AUUUGGAGUGCUAAUAAAAGUUCUUGUGCCUAGUGAAAAAACUCGAUAUCGUCUGUUCGCAGAAAAAUAUAUAUACUCUGCUCGUACUUUAAUCAUCAAUAUCCAAGGGGCUAUUUUGGCCGUGGCCAGUGUGGAUUGUGUUGGAUUCGCAUCUCCCUUUGCAAAUUACCGAUCUGGUGUAAGAGUGGGUCAAGGUGAACGAUGCCCCCGCAAUUCUCGAAUGAAGAGCUGGAAGAGCGGCUUACCGCCGCCGGGAACAGCCUUCUUCAGCCUCCCUCCUCAGUCUUUGAGCUCUUGUCCCUUCUCGACCAAAUUGAGGAGCUUCUUUCGAAAGUGGAGCAGUCACCUGCCCAAUCCAUGCAAACUGCUCUUUCUCCACUAACGAAGGCACUGAUCAUGGAAGAGCUUGUGAAGCAUUCUGAUGAAGAUGUUAAAGAUGUCUUUCAAUUGAUUGUGUCACCAUUUGAGAAUUUGUCCGAAACAUCCAGCAGAUCAUAUAGAAAAAGGGCCUCUAUACUUGAAACUGUAGCCAAAGUCAGGUCUUGUUUGAUCAUGCUGGAUUUAGAAUGUGAUCAGAUGAUCAAUGAGAUGUUCCAACACUUCCUCAAAGCGAUUAGAGAUUAUCAUCCACAACUCAUCUUUGCAUCCAUGGAGUCAAUAAUGACUCUUGUUUUGGAAGAAAGUGAAGACAUCUCCCCAGAUCUACUCAAUCCAAUUUUGGCUACCUUGAAAAAGAACAAUGAGGUUGAUUUAUUGGGCCUUCUAAAGAAUUUGCUUUUCUUAUUUUUUCUUUUUCUCCUCUUCUGUGUUCUACUUGUUGCUGACAAAGAACCCAUGCAGAAUGUUCUGCCAAUUGCAAAGAGACUGGCCGCAAGAGUUAUUGAAAAUUCAUCUGAAAAACUUAGACCUUAUUUAGCACAAGCAGUAAAGUCUUUAGAUUCUCCUGCGGAGGAUUAUGGUGAGGUUGUAGAUUCCUUGUGCCGAGAGGAUACUGAUACAACUGGAAAUAAUAACGAGAGCGUCACAAAUGAUCCACAGGUGGUUAGGGAAGGUGGGGAAGGGAUCGAUUCUCAAGAGAAAGAUCUCACUUUGAUUGAAUCGUCUAAGUCAGUAGUUAGUAAUGUUCUCAAUGAGACUUGUACCGAAGAUACUAUGGCAGAUUCCAAUAUUUCAAAGGAGGCUAAUUCUGACCAUCAGAUUGAUGCCAAAUCGGUGUCCAAAACAGAGUCUGAUGACUGCAGUGCUCAAAAUUUAGAGAAGCUGGAAGCUAAUGCUACUGAUGCCGAACUUGUUGAAGCUGCCAAAUCUCUGAAUGAAGUAGAAGAUGCUACCAAUCAGCUUUCACCAUCACAUGCAUCUGAAAAUGAGAAUGUUGCAUCUCCAGUCCAUAGUGUAAGCCUUUCUGGUGAGAGCCGAUCUGAAAAAGAUAGUCCGGCCAAAGGGAAGGAGGACUUGGUUGAAGAAGUGAUAGUAUCUGUUGAUAUUGUUUAUAAGAAGGCACGUGCUGGAGGAAGGCGUUCGAAAUCAAAGAAGCAGCGUUGGGGUGGCAAAAAGAAGAAAUCUGGCAAGAAAACUGUGAAGGAUAAAGAAUUGACUGGAGAGGGUGCAUCCAAGAAUGAAGGGACUGCAACAGAUUCAGAGACAAGAUCACUGGACCAGACUCCUAAUAAUAAGACGGAAGAUGGAUCCUCAAUGAGUAAGGAAGAUGAGAAAAAGAAAGGACAUGUGAAGCCUACCUCAGGAAAAGUUCCACUGAAAUCUUCUGGGAAAGUAGUUCAUGCGAAAGACAAAGUGUCUUCACCUAGGUCGCCUUUAAAGGUAUCGGAAGAUGAAGGCACAGAGGAAGAAACUCCGAGAACUGUUUUCAAGAGAAAGCGAACUCCCGGCACAGAGAAGGUAUCUGGUGAUAUUAAGCUCAACAAGAGUUUGGUUGGUUCGAAAGUUAGAGUAUGGUGGCCAAUGGAUCGGAAGUUUUAUGAGGGCGUAGUUGAAUAUUUUGAUUCUGUCAAGAAAAAGCAUAAGGUAUUGUACAAUGAUGGUGAGGAAGAAGUACUAGAUCUUGAAGGAGAAAGGUGGGAGCUUAUUGAAGAUAACUCGGAUUCAGAUGGGAAUGAUGAUGCUGAACAUUCAAGUCAUGAUACUUCAUUGGAAGUGCAAAAGAGGAAGAAAGGGAAUACAGAUUCAGAAGCAUCGAAAAGCAAACGUCAAAAAGUGAACAAUACACCAAAAAGUAAUCAGAAAGACAGUGCAAUAAAAUCUGGGGGCAAGGCAUCUGGUAGUAAAACCAAAAGCAAAUCUGGUAAAGCAUCUAGUGGUAAAACCAAAGAUGAAUCUGUUAAAGCAUCUGGAGGUAAAAACAAAGACAACUCACCAAAAACCCCAAGCCAUCCUAAACAGGACAGUCAGAAAACUGCCAAGUCUAAAGGUAAAACCCCACAAAGUGGGAAAAACCUUAGUGAUGAUGAUGGUGCCAUAAUGACAAAAGUUGGUUCAUCAAAGGCAAAAGAAGCUGGUCAGAAGAAGGAAAAACUUGCUGAGAUGGCAAAAUCAUCAGGACCGACGAAAGGGAAAUCCAAGGAUUUUGCAAAGUCACGACAAACUGAGGCUAAGAGUGGAAAGAAGCGAAGAAGGUGAACUAUCAGUUGGAUCUAGUUUGCAGCCUUAGAUUAUGUUUAAGUUCAGACUUUUGGCACUUUAUUUAGGUUGUUUUCGUGCUAAAUUUAGGCUCCGGUGUUUGAAUAUGUACGUACUUAAGCAGUGCCCUAAUAUUUUCGACAUUUGUGUUGGUUCGUGCUAGGUUCACUUGGCAUUUUGUUUAUAUAUCCCAUAAAUGCGAUCACCCCCAUAUUUGCCAUUAUCUUUGUGUGACUGAAGCGUUUAUUCCUUGUAUUUUUCUUGUUUACUAUUUAUUCGAACAAAA